AUGUCGAAGGCCACGGCGGACUGGGAGAGAGUCGGCGAUCGCUUCUACCGCAAGACGCAGCUGUACACGUCCGUCUUCGACCCGGAGCUGGAACUCGAGAACCAUGUGCUAGUCGGCGCUCCACUCGCUGGUGCCAUAGCAGUCUACCGCGACGACUCCAAAUUAUACGCUUACCGCAGUACCCAAGCUGCUCGCCCAUCCAUUGACCUCUACACUUGCUCGGGUAAACUGAUCCACCGCAUCAACUGGGACAAGGGCGCAAUCCAGGGCUGCGGCUGGUCCGAAGACGAGAGAUUGAUUGUCGUCACAAACGACGGAACUGUCAGGAUAUACAAUGCCCUCAGCAGCGACUUCAUCCCCUUCAGCCUGGGACACGGUGCCGACGAGCAUGGUGUCGUCUCGUGCCGCUUCUGGUCCUCAGGCUUCGUUGCUCUUCUAGGCAACAAUCAGCUCGUCUGCGUCUCGCGCUACGAUGAGCCUCGUCCUACCCUCCUUGCUACUCCGCCAGAAGGCGAAAUCUUGUCAUGGGCCGUCAUCCCUCCCGCCUUUACUUUGUCUCGCUCUGUCGAAGCCAUCCUGGCCAUUGACGAUACUAUUGUCAUAGUUGAUGCCUCCGAGGCUCAGGAUCGCAAACUACAGAACGGCCCCUUCAAACUCGUUUCAGUCGCCCCCAACGCCAAGUUCAUCGCUCUCUACACCCAGGAUGGCAAGGUCUGGGUCAUCAGCAGCGACUUCGAGAACCGUCUUACCGAGUACGACUCGCGCGUUAAAACCCCUCCCAAAGAUCUGCAAUGGUGUGGUAACAAUGCUGUUGUUCUGGCCUGGGAGGACGAAGUGCAUCUGGUCGGCCCAAACGGUGCUGCUUCGAAACACUACUAUGACUCUUGGGUCCAUCUGUCCCCCGACAUUGAUGGCAUCCGCAUCUUCACAAACGAUGUCUGCGAGUUCAUUCAGAAAGUGCCAGACGUUUCCGAAGACACCUUCAGGCUGGGCUCUACCUCACCUGCCUCAGUCUUACUCGAUGCAGCAGAGCAGCUCGACAGGAAAUCCCCCAAGGCCGACGAGAACAUCCAACUCAUUCGACCAAAUCUGGACGAAGCUGUUGACACCUGUAUCAGAGCAGCUGGCCACGAGUUCAGCGUACAUUGGCAAAAACAACUUUUGAAGGCCGCCUCAUUUGGCAAAUCAGUGCUUGAUUUAUACAACAGCGACGAAUUUGUCGACAUGUGCGAGACAUUACGUGUACUCAAUGCUGUUCGCUUCUUCGAGGUUGGCCUGCCUCUCAGUUUCGAUCAAUAUACCCGUUUGACUCCCGCGAACUUGGUCCAGAGGCUGGUCAACCGUAAGGAGUACCUCUUGGCGAUCAAGAUUUCUGAGCAUCUUGAUUUGCCUCUUGACAAGAUUUAUGUACAUUGGGCACGCCAAAAAGUGCGUAGCUCCACAAGUGAUGAGAAUGAUAUCUGUGCCGAGAUUGUAGAAAGACUACGAGGCAAACGAGGUAUUUCAUUCGAAGAGAUUGCACAAACAGCAUACGAAGAAGGCCGUGGCAAGCUCGCAACAGAGUUGCUCGAACACGAACCACGAGCCGGCAAGCAAGUACCACUUUUGCUGAACGUAGAGGAGGAUUCACUUGCCUUAGACAAGGCAAUCGAGAGUGGAGAUACUGAUUUGGUGUAUCAUGUGUUGCUACAUCUGAAAAAGAAGCUGCCACUCGCUACGUUCUUUCGCACGAUCAAUGGCCGACCGGUCGCGACUGCCCUUGUGGAAGCUUCUGCUUGGGAUCAAGACCAGGAACUGCUCAAAGAUCUAUUCUACCAGGACGACCGAAGACUUGACAGCUCGAAUCUUCUACUAUCGGAUUCACUCAAUGUCGCAGACGUGAACGCUCGCAACGACAAACUCAAGAUGGCGUCAAAGAUUCUUCAAGAGUCAAAAGACCAAUCAAUACAAGUACGAGCGAUUGAGGAAGAGCAGAAGCUGCUCAAACUCCAGGACACGUUCAAGCGGGAUCUCGACGAAGACUUCAGCGGCCUCAGCAUCAAUGAAACGAUAUACAAGCUCAUUCGAUUAGGCAACGUGAAGAGAAGUCAGAAGAUCCAGUCCGAGUUCAAAGUUUCCGACAAGGUGUAUUGGUGGAUUCGCCUACGUGCGCUUGUCUCGCGUCGUGACUGGCGCGAGCUGGAGGAGUUGUCAAAAACUCGCAAGAGCCCUAUUGGCUGGGAGCCGUUCAUCAAUGAAAUCCUGUCUGCUGGGAAUCCGAAACUGGCAUCUCUGUUCAUACCUAAGUGUACGAGCCUGACGGUAGAAGAACGUGUAGAGCUUUGGACCAAGUGUGGAUUAAUAGUACGCGCAGCCGAAGAAGCGGCUAAGGCUCGCAAUCUGAGAUUGCUCGAGUCUCUUCGUGAGAAGGCCACAGGUCAGACAGCCACAGAGGUCGAGAGGCUGAUUCAGCAAGUGUCGAAGAAAUAG